UGUCCACUUUCCAGUGUUGUGGAAACCUAUUAUACCACUUGUCCACUUUCCAGUGUUGUGGAAACCUAUUAUACCACUGCGUUAUGGCAUUUUUCGUACCUCUACUAGUCGUAUGGCUCGGAUUAGUAUCCGGCAACUUGUCGCAGGACGAUGCAAAUGCAUCCAACAGACAGGCGAAUUUAUUACCAGCCGCUCCAACCUGUGAUCCACUUUACAAGUACCGCAGCUUCGACGGAACGUGCAACAAUCUAAAUAACCCGCGUUUCGGACAAGCGGGCACCAAUUUCCAGCGUUUGAUGGGCCCCGCAAAUUACGCCGACGGUGUUUCGGCGAUUCGUUUGUCUCGAUCGGGGGCCGCUUUGCCAAGUACUCGCUUGAUUUCGACCACCGUCACUCUGAACAACAGCAUUUCCAGUUACGACGCUUCUUUAAUUACAAUGCAGUGGGGCCAGUUCAUGGAUCACGAUUUGACACAGACGCCGCAAUUCAGAAUCAGUGGAGGAUGCUGUGGUGGAAGCCAAUUCGGUAAUACUUCAACCAAUCUUGACGCCGAGUGUUUACAGAUCCCAAUCCCCAGCGACGAUCCCGUUUACAGCAACGUCAAUUGCAUGAAUAUGGUUCGUUCAAACUACGGACUGAAUCUCGAUGGCACUACACCUACUGCCAGACAACAGAUCAACGCUUUGACUCACUGGAUCGACGGGUCUAUGAUUUACGGGAAUAGCUACGCCACUGCUCAAUCGUUGCGCGACACAAGCUCGGGAAAAGGUCUCUUGGCAUUUUCCACCCAGAAUGGCCGAGUUCUAUUGCCAACGUCACCAAGCACAUGCGCCGAUUGCUUUGUAGCAGGUGACAACAGAGCUCGUGAACAGCCAUUGCUUACAAUUAUGCAGACCUUGUGGCUUCGCGAACAUAAUCGAGUGGCGAAUAAACUUUACGACAAAUUUGGAGCAACCAAAACGGACGAAUUUUAUUACCAAGAAGCCCGUCGCAUCGUCAUUGCCGAGUUCCAGCACAUCACUUACAACGAAUACCUCCCAGCUAUUCUAGGCCCCGAAAUUAAGGUUCCACCAUUCGAUACUAAAUCCAAUCCGGCGAUUUUCAACGAAUUUUCCGCUGCUGCCUUUCGCAUGGGUCACUCUCAAUUGAGUAGUUUUAUCAAACUUUUGGAAGCCGAUGGUAGUGAAAGCAGUCAGAGUUUCUUUCUUGGAAAUUCAUUCCUUACCGGUGCUUUCCGCCUCCUCAAUGCAAACUUUAUUGACAACGCUUUACGGGGCCAAUUGUUCACUCCAGCCCAAGCGGUGGAUCAGUGUUUUGCUGACGACGUAACUAGUCAACUUUUCAGGACAACAUCCGCUCUCGGCGCUGAUUUAGUGGCAAUCAACAUGCAAACGUGGGCGAGAUCACGGACUUCCACCUUAUGUUAGAGCGCGACAGAUUGCCUUGGAAGCUUACGCUUCCAUCUUUCCAACACCUCCACCCCCUCCACCCGUUACCUUUGAUGAUUUGAGUUUCACUCAUUCAGCAGAAGUUAUAGACAGUUUCAAACGAGUGUACGCAUCAGUGGGGGAUAUUGAUUUGUACAUCGGGGGAGUAACUGAGAGGCCUUUGCCCGGCGCCGCUGUCGGACCCACCUUCCAUUACAUUAUCGGUCAGCAGUUUGACAAUCUGAG